UUUGUGAAGCGAAAUAACGUGGCUAGUAGAACGCGCGUUCGUUAUUUUGAUUAUAACUUUUUCAUUGUCUUUAUCUUAAUUUACACUUUUUAUUUAAGUUGGAAUUGUGUUCUUUUCUUUUCUUAUUUUAAUCAUAUUAUAUACAAAAUAUGUAGUGAUUUUAAUUCACCGGUUGUAGCUGAUAAAACUCUAAAUUUACGUGUUUUCAACGCCAGAGUUUACAGACUUAUUAACUAAUAGAGGCAAAUGGCCACAGUGAGCAAUAGAAUAAAUAAAAAUAUAUGCCGUAAACCAAAAUUUCUUACCGAUAUAAAUUUAAAGAGAAAGAGCUAUUUAUUUUCCGACCAAUAGUAUAAAUAAAGUAGUAAAAUAUUUCCAACGCAGAAACAAGAGACUACCCUAAACAAAUGAUUAUAAUAAUUUAUUUUUUUAAAUUAGUACGAAUAGUUAUAUAUUUUUUUUUUGUUAAUGAGAGCCCCCGGAAUGGCUUAUCACAACGCGAAUGGAGGUGCUAUUGGUAAUAAUAGCACAGCUGGUGGCAGUUUAUGUGGUAUUGCUGGUGAAAUUGGCUCCAGUGAAUAUUCCGGCGACGAACGAGACUCUCGGAGCGGCGAAGAUCAUCACGAGAUUGAUUUGAAUAACAAGCCAAUAUAUCUUCUCGAACAUUUGGCUACCUUCACGGUAAAUAAGGAAUCCGGCAUUGUCUAUCCCGCAGACGGCAUGCGAAGGCUGUUACAGUUGGAAAAAACCACUGGUAUAUGGUCUCAGAAAAUGCAAAUAUGUUUGGAUUACCAAUGGGUGCUUAUAAUGGAUUAUGAAACCGGAAAUAUCAUAGAAAGAUUUCCAGCAUCUCUUAUACAGGAUCCAACAGCAUUCACAUCUACUGAUUCCAUGGAGUUAUAUAAUAAUAUAUUAGUAUUUAUCGUGUCCGGCGGCAGUGGCUCACGCUCAGAAAUGCAUAUUUUUCAGUCACAAAGUGUAUCUGCCGUGCAUUUGGUUGAAGACUUAAAGAGCCUAAGAAACGGGAAAAUGGUGACACAACAGCGCGAGGGUUUAAUGCAUCAACAGCAAUCACCAUCAAAUCUAUUAAAAAACGGUCCUACUGAUUUAGCUAAGUCAUUACCGGCAUCCUGCAGUCAGCACGGUCGCAGUGAACAACAAAUCCAUCAUCUUCACAAUGGUGGUACUAUUACGCCAUCCCGCACUGGUAUAGAUCAAUAUGGCUUACACGUCCGAAGUCUCAUGCUAGAAAACAAUCAUACAGGUGCUGCUGCUGGUAGCGGAAAUGGUGAAACAGAUUCCGAACAAGGCGGGUUUAAUGACGAAACUAGUUCUACGUCUAGUGACAAGUAUGAACGUGAUGUAACUGUGUUGAAUCAUUGCUUUGAUGACAUAGAAAAGUUCAUAGCACGCCUGCAACACGCAGCUGCAGCAUCACGCGAACUGGAGCGUCGACGCCGAAACCGAAAAACAAAAAAGAAAGAUCCUGGCGAGGGUUUAUUAACGUUGCGUACCCGACCGCCCCUUGAAAAAGAGUUUAUCGACAUUUUCGCCAAAUUCAAACUUUCAUUUAACUUGCUGGCCAAGCUGAAAGCACACAUACAUGAUCCAAAUGCUCCUGAAUUAGUUCACUUCUUAUUUACACCGCUUGCACUAAUAGUCGAGGCUUCCAGUGACACUUACUAUGAGUCUCAAUUGCCAGCACGUGUGAUCAAUCCAUUACUUACACGUGAAGCCAUAAAUCUGUUAAUUAAUUGCGUUACGAGCAAAGAAACUGAACUAUGGCGCUCCCUUGGUGACGCUUGGAUUAUACCACGCGAUCAGUGGAAAAAUGAUGUGGGCUCAUACCAUCCUGUAUUUAUGGAUGGAUGGUCGCCCGAUUACUUGGUAACCGAUGAAUUGGAAACCCUUAGUACUCCAACAAACAUUAGCAAGCGUCGUUUAGAUGUUAAAUCACAUUUGCAUGCUGGUCAUACCAGCCACAGCGGGGCGAACGGACGCCAAGUUGGCAGCAAUAGUAAUUGCAGCAAUACAGCUUUACAUAUAGGACAAGUCGAAGAAUACGAAACAAGUAUACCAAUUGAGAAAUAUUCUGGUCAUUAUGAACGCGAUAGUGAACGAUUUCUGCCCACUGGUGGCAUAAGUGGCGCUGCGAACGGUGGGCCUUCUGAUUUUAGCGUACACAGUGAAAUUUCAAUUGAUUCAAUUGAACGUAGCGGAGAGGCAUUGCACGAUUUGCAAAUGAAUAAUAACACUGCAGCUGGUAUUCAAACAAUAUCAACAGGAAUGCAACAAUUACAUGCACGUGACUCUAAGAAUACCAAAGCCACGCGCAAUAAUAGCUCAGUUUCUGAAUUCUCUGGUCGUGAUAACAUCACUAUGGACGAACAAAUGUUGGCAGCGUGGCUAGAUGAUUUACAAACAGCACAUGCUAAAAUUGUCCUAGUCACAUAUCCCCGCACAGCCAACAAUGAUAAAGAGCUAAGUGUGGUUCGUGGUGAAUAUUUGGAGAUUUUGGAUGAUACUCGAAAAUGGUGGAAGGCUCGCAACAUACGAGGUCAAGUGGCCCAUGUUCCACACACAAUUGUCACUCCAUAUAACUUCGACGACGAGUCUGCGAGCAAUCAGUUCUAUGGGCACCAACAAGCACCAUCACAUCUGCAAGGAAACAAUACUUACACACAGCCGAGACACCCGAUAAAUACAAAUCUCAGUGAUAAUAUCGAGACACACCGGUCACACGACGCUACUGAUUGGAUUCGAAAUAAGCAUCUGGGUAAGAAAGGAGAGUUCAGAUAUUUUUAAUUAGCUGUAGCGUAUACAAAUUACUGUCUAUUUGUCCAUGAUAUUAUUUAUACAUACAAAUAUUUUACAACAAGUAAAUUUUUAAAUUUAAAUUUUUUUGCUUGCAUUUAUAUAAAGUAUGCAUUUGUUUGAGUUGUAAACACUAGUAAACUAAAACAAUAAAAUCAAAAUAUUGAAACAAAUGGUCUUUUCUGGAACUAAGAACAAAGACAAAGCAUGAAAAA